AUGAGUGUCAAUAGUUUUGAAGUGUUGUUGGAACUCGUCAGAGACAAAAUUUCCAAAAAGGACACUAGUUGGAGAUGCAGCAUCCCUGCUGAAGAACGACUGUUAACAACUUUAAGGUUUCUGGCUACUGGGGAUGGAUUUCAAUACGUCCAUUACAAUCUUCAUGUUGGUGUGACGACAGUCGGAAAAAUAGUAGCUGAGACAUGUACUUAUAUUUGGGAAGUACUUUCACCAUUGUAUAUGAUGACUGAGCCUACACAUGAGAAAUGGGCAUUGAUAGCUGAACGCUUUGAAGACUUGUGGAAUUUUCCAAACUGCUAUGACGCAGUAGAUGGAAAAUAUAUAAGAAUUAAGGGUGAAUGGAACUGUGGAUCAGCCUACUACAAUUACAAGAACUUUCACACUAUCAUGCUGCAAGCAGUGAUAGAUGCUGAAGUAAACUUUUUGAUAGAUGGCAUAGGAGCACUGGGAAGAAACAAUGAUGUUGGUGUUUUUCUCUCUUCGAGCUUUUGA